GGGUAACGCUAUGAACCACGGGGACUACGGAAAUAACUUUUCAUUCAAAGACGGCCCUUGUUCCUCCUACAACGGGGGCCAUUACAACAACUACCAUCAGCAGCAGCAUCUUCAUCUGCAUCCACCGAACCAGCAGCACCCCGCUCUGCAGAACCGGGA